GGUGAAUUGGCAGACCCUUUCUGCCGCUGCUCUUUCCCGUGUUUCCCUUAUCCCCACUCCGGUGGUUUCCCGGGUAACCGAGCAGCCCGCCCCCCGCGCGGGGCCGAGGCUCGGGCCCGCCGCUCUCGCGAGAGCAGCUGCAGGCGGGCGGGCCGUGCCGCCGGGCCGGCGCGGCCAUGGAGCCGGGCCUGGAGGAGCUGAUGCCGCGGCUGCUGCCCGUGGACGACUGUGACCUGGCCGAGGAUUUCGAUCCCACCGUGCCUCCCAGGACGCCGCAGGAGUAUCUGAGGCGCGUCCAGAUUGAAGCAGCUCGAUGUCCUGACGUGGUCGUGGCACAAAUAGAUCCCAGAAAAUUGAAGAAGAAGCCGACAGUAAACAUUUCAAUUUCUGGAUGUCAGCCUGCUCCUGAAGGAUACUCUCCGACGCUCAAGUGGCAGCAGCAGCAAGUGGCCAAUUUCUCAGCUGUUCGUCAGAGCCUGAACAAGCACAGGAAUCACUGGCGGUCACAACAUUUGGACAGCAAUGUUACUAUGCCAAAAUCAGAGGAUGAAGAAGGAUGGAAGAAGUUCUGCCUUGGGGAAAGAGUAUACUCAGAAAUGGAUGCACUAUCUGAUAAUGAAGAUUUCGGAAUUGAUUACUUGAAGGUGGGCUUUCCCCCUUUGCUAAGUAUUGUAAGCAGGAUGAAUCAGGGUAGAUGGCUUUAUGCACUGUUGGCAUGCCUUGAAAAACCUUUGCUACCUGAAGCUCACUCCCUUAUUCGACAGCUGGCAAGACGAUGUUCAGAAGUCAGGGCACUGGAGGAGAACAAGAAUGAAGAACAAAUAUCAGCUCUGAACUUAAUAAUCUGCUUAGUUAGUAGGUACUUUGAUCAACGUGACCUGGCUGACGAGCCUUCCUAGGCUGUUUUGAGAACAUCCAGUAUUUUGCAUUGCCACAGUACAAACAGCAUUAUCAGAGUUAACAGCAAGACACUGCACUGUUCAGACCUGAAGACUACACAAUCCCUUCAGAACACCCUCACACAAAUGCAUUUGGGACAGCUGUGAAUAACUUCAGCUGAGUUGUCAGUGUCUCCAAUACCAUCAUCACCAUCAUUGUAAAGUGGUAACUGAAGUGUCCAGCAUCACCUCUCAAGCUCCUGUCUUUGUAAACUACUCCUUGGUUAGAAAUUUCUACAAUCUGAGUAAUCUAUGGACACUGCUAUUAGGUGAAGUCUGAGGUUACAUUGCAAAUUAUUAUUCUUUUUCUAACAGACUUAUUGAGGUAUUUUUUAAUAAAACUAAAGGAUUUUAAAAGACUGUUCUUAAA